CAAAAGUGUCGUUGAGUUUAACCGUUUACCGACUGAUGCAUUGAAGAAUUUUAUAGUUUUUGUUGAAAUACUGUGUCUGUUAGUUUACCUAUUUAUCUUUAGCGAUUGAGUGAAUACCUAAUAAUGUGUGCCUUUUACUAGGAAACGUGUUAACGCUAAAAGCAUUUCAAGAAAGAUCCUAUUUUCCUUUUGAACUUUCGCAUUCUACACAAUAUUCUUUGAAUACAAGGUUUCUAAGAGAUAUUCUGCAUCCUGGCUGUAUCGUAAAGUUAAAUAAUCAUCAAAACUUUUUGCAGCCUUAAACUUUACUGGCCGGAAACUGUCAAGGAAGGGACACAACUUGACAAUUCCCUGAUCAUCGGCGCGAAUAAAAGCAAUGAAAACUGUUUUAACUUGAAAUAGACUGUAUUUUCUUAGUAAGAGUCCAAUAAUCUACUGAAAAUGGUGGACGGGGACAGUAAGGGAACUAUUGAUACGGUGCAGGUCGCCCUAAGGAUUAGACCGUUGAUGCAAUUGGAGGUGGAAAGGGGCUGCGAUGAAUGCAUUGACGUUGUGCCUGGGCAGCCCCAAGUGCAGAUAAAAGACCUAGCGUUUACAUACAACUAUGUUUUUGCUCAGCACAUUACACAGCAGGAGUUUUAUGAUACAGCAGUGAAAGGCCUGAUAUCGAAGUUAUUUCAAGGUUACAAUGUGACUAUAUUAGCGUAUGGCCAGACUGGCUCUGGGAAGACUUAUACCAUGGGCACAAAUUAUUCGGGCUCUGAUGGCGAUUCAACUAAACUUGGUGUCAUACCACAGGCUGUAGCAGACAUAUUUGACUUCAUCGAGACACAUGAAGACAAGUUUGUGUUCAAAGUCAGCGUGUCCUUCAUGGAGCUAUACCAGGAACAGUGCUAUGACUUGCUGUCGGGGAAGGAAAGGGGGCACAGCAUCAUUGAAAUCAGGGAAGAUAUAAACAAGGGUGUUAUUUUGCCAGGUAUAACAGAACUGCCAGUAACCUCAACGAUGGAGACGAUGACGGUUUUGGAAAGGGGAUCCAUUGGGCGGGUCACUGGUUCCACCGCCAUGAACCAAGCUUCCAGCCGAAGCCACGCGGUCUUCACCAUCGUCAUCGCGAAAGAGAGUCGGACUGAUAAAAACAUAGCAACCACAUCCAAGUUCCACUUAGUAGACUUGGCUGGCUCAGAGCGUAUAAAGAAGACGAAAGCCAGCGGCGAACGGCUCAAGGAGGGAGUGAAGAUCAACCAAGGUCUUCUGGCACUUGGCAACGUCAUCUCAGCAUUGGGCGACGGGACUAAUAGGAGUUUUAUUAGCUACAGAGACAGCAAGCUGACCAGAUUAUUGCAGGACAGUCUCGGCGGCAACUCUCUCACGCUAAUGGUGGCGUGCGUGAGCCCUGCGGACUACAAUCUAGACGAGACGGUCUCAACGCUACGCUACGCGGACCGCGCGAGACGUAUACGCAACAAGCCCAUCAUCAACCAGGAUGCUAAAGCUGCUGAGAUUGUCAGGCUAAACAAUUUAGUGAACGAAUUAAGAUUACAAUUACUAGGCAAAGCACCAACAGUCAGUGAACAAAACAACGAGCAACUCCAAGACGAGUUGGAAAGAGAAAGAGCGAGAUACUCCGAACUAUUAAAAAAACAUAAGCAAGUUACAGAACACCUUAGCAACAUGCUCAUAGAAAACACAAACUUAUGCGAAAAAGCACUCUUGGCUGAGGCCGCAAAGGACAAAAUCGAACGGAAACUUAACGAGCUGACGGAGCAAUGCAAUCAGACUAUAGAAAACCUUAACACUAGUCAACAGACGGACGACGAAUCGCAAAAGACUAGUGUUGUUGAUUAUUUGAAAGAAAUCAAGACUAGAUUGGAGGACUUGCAGUCGGUUAACUUGAAAACGAAUGAAGAGUUGAUUGAUCAUGAGAUUAAGCUGUCGUUUGUGAAGGAAGACAGCGAGCAUGAUAAGGUUGAUGACGAUGUGCUGCUGAAUGAAGACCAGGCGGUGUUGGAAGAGGAGAAGAGAGCUAUGGGACAGGUGGCGCUAAACCAAGAGCUUCAAGAGUUGAACCGCGCGAUGGCCAUCAAGGCGUCCGUAGUGCAAGCUAUCUUGGCCAACAAUAAGGACAUGUUGGAAAGCCACCACAACCUCCGCGAGAACGAAGAAAAGAUCGCCAUGCUGGAGAAAGAGAAAGAUGCACUGAUGCAGCAGCUGAAACAGACCAAGAGCAAAGACCCAUCGCACGAGGAGCGCCGAACAAAGGUGUCUGCAUUGGAAGCGGAGAUAACUGAUCUGAAGAAGAAGUGUCAGCAACAAGCCAACAUCAUCAAGAUGAAGGAAAAGAACGAAGCCAAGAUCGCGUCGCUCAACGCUGAGCUCCAAGCCAUGAAGGUCACCAAGGUGAAAAUAAUAAAGCAAAUGCGCGAAGAAAGCGAGAAGUUCCGCAAGUGGAAAGCAGACAACGAGCGAGCGAUGCUGCGCCUACGCAACGAAGACCGCAAGCGAGCCACUGCUAUGGCCAAGAUGGAGUCGCUUCACGCCAAGCAGCAGAACGUUCUCAAGCGCAAGAUGGAGGAGGCCGUGGCUGUUAACAAGCGGCUCAAGGAAGCCCUCGAGCGUCAAAAGCAGACGGCUAUGAAGCGUAACGCGAAAGGCAGCGUAAAAGCGGGCGCGGUACAACAGUAUAUUGAGCAGGAAUUAGAGGUACACCUCAGCAUUGUUGAGGCUGAGAAGUCGCUGGAAGAACUUAUGGAGUACAGAGCCUGGAUAACCGAGCAAAUUGAGAACCUCAGAAACAGCACAGACGAAGAAGCGAACAGAAAGAAGAUCGCCGAGCUGGAGGAUGAUCUCGCUUUACGCAAAGCACAGAUAUCCGACUUGCAGCAGAAGAUAUUGACUGCCGAUCAAGAAAACAAAUCGCGCACACAAUGGGAUAAUAUCCAAUCGAUGCUGGAGGCCAAAGUGGCGCUGAAAUGCCUCUUCGAACUGUUGGUGGAUGCGAAACGCGAGAUGCAGAACCAGAGCGAGAAAGGUUUCCAGGCACGUUACGAAGAAAUCAAAGAGGCUCACGACCGUCUCGCAAUGGAGUUUGAGAGCAGUAAGACGGAGUUUGAGCGACAACUUGCCAUGGUCAAGAUGCAGAGUGAACAAAAGAUCUCAGCGCUAGUAGCUCUCCAGCGGGGCGUGGUCGGCCGCGGCGACAAGACAGAAGCGUGCAGGCACCUGCAGAACGUCAUUACCUACCAACAGGAGCGACUCGAGCAGUUCGAAGACGAGAAUAAAAAGCUAAUCGAAGAGCUGGAACAGUUACGCUCUGCGAGCAAGAAAGCGAAGAAACGAACUAAGAAAGAAAGCAUCGAGGCCAUGAAGAAGGUUGAGUACAAGGAGCCUACUGAUGAGGAGGAGGAUGAAUUUGAAGACCGGGAUAAGGACCCGGACUGGAGGGCCACGCCGCUGUUUAAGAGGAUACAGGCGCAGCGUUCCCGCCUAACCAUGAACUUCACAGCCGCCGACACGUCAUCAGACACGUCCACGCGUGCAAUAAAGCGAGGCAGCGACGGCGCUCCACACUGCACUUGCAGAGGCAGCUGCUCUACCAAGAUGUGCGGCUGUGUCAAGAGUGAUAAGGGCUGUGGAGGAUCUUGUCGCUGCCAGGCUGAACUGUGCAAGAAUAGGCGCACCUCCUCUGAUAGUGAGGACAAGGAGAAUAACCCUUCAAGCACAGAAUUGUCGUUAGAUUCAACGCCACCGUCGUACUUCGACAAACGAAAUCACCUUGACGCCACAUACGUAAAGAAGAAGAAGAGCUAUUUCUUCCCCAAUGAUCAGGGAAACAUCGAAUCCAAACCAAUAAAGACUGAAUAACUUGCAGACGUGUGGGAAACUUAAGUAUUUUUUUAAGAAAUUAAGUGCCUUUGUACCCAACAGGGGACAAUAAUGUUUCUGCCUACUUACUAUGAAUGUAUUGAAAAUUAUUAUGUGUAUAACAUAUUGACUAAUGUUAAAGUUUAUUAUAACCGACUGCGUAUGUUCCUGUUUAAGUCGCUUUGAAAUCAUGAGUUGAAUGUCCAUUCCAUAAUAAUUGUAAUGUUUAUAAAUUGAAUGGAGUCUCUGAAUAAAUAAUAUUUAUUAUGUAAA